AUGCACCCACUCCCAGUUCUUGUACCCCUCCUCCCAACCGCCCUCGCCUUGCCGUCGCCAGGUCUCCCCUUUGUCAUCAACACCUGGGGCGGGCCGUUCACCGUAGCCACCGAUGCCGCCUACGCCUCCUUGCUCUUACCGGACGCGUCCGCCCUCGAUGCCGUGGAGGUCGGCUGCUCCGCUUGCGAGCGGGACCGCUGCGACGGCACGGUGGGGUAUGGCGGCUCGCCGGACGAAGCCUGCGAGACGACGCUCGAUGCCAUGAUUAUGGAUGGCGCGAGCAUGAAGGUGGGCGCCGUGGCGGGAAUGAGGCGCGUCAAGAACGCCAUUGGAGUCGCGCGCAGAGUGCUCGAGUACACGCGUCAUACCAUGCUCGCCGGUGACCUAGCCACGCGGUUCGCCGUCGAGAACGGCUUCGAGGAAGUGGAUCUGGCAACCGAGGAAUCCAUCCGGGCGUGCGAGGAGUGGAAGAAGUCUGGGUGCCCAGGCAAUUUUAGGGUACACGUCAAGCCGGAUCCUAGCACCUCGUGCGGGCCCUACGAGCCUAUCCCGCUGGCUUGGGGGUCUCUAGAGACGACCGGGUUCUUGGCGGCAUCCAGAGCCUCCAAGACCUCGCACGAUACCAUCUCCAUGAUCGCCAUUGACGCGCGGGGCGCGCUCGCUGCAGGUACCUCCACCAACGGCGCCGCGCACAAAGUCCCCGGGCGCGUCGGCGACGGGCCCAUCGCCGGCAGCGGGUCCUACGUUGACGCCGAAGUGGGCGGAUGCGGCGCCACGGGAGACGGCGACGUCAUGAUGCGCUUCCUGCCGUGCUACCAGGCGCUUGAGAACCUGCGCAACGGCAUGUCCCCCACGGAAGCGGCGGAGAAUGCCGUCUCCCGCAUGCUGCGACGGCACCCGGACCUCCAGAGCGGCAUCGUCGUGGUGGAUAACCAGGGAAGGCACGGCGCGGCGGCGUCUGGGUGGACGUUUACCUAUGCGUUCCGCGGGGGCGAGAUGAACGCCACCCAGGUAGUCACGGUGCAGCCUGUCAAAGCCGCGCUGGUAAAGCAGUUCUAA